GUUCACAACUUCACAAUUCUCACAUGACAUGAUAACAUGGUAUUGGGUCUUGAUAAGUCAUAAGUGUUCCAAAAGUACAUGUGGCAGCCAUGGAUUUCCUCUGAACUGUUAAACUACACUAAACGUACAUGUGGCAGCCAUGGAUUUCCUCUGAACUGUUAAACAACACUAAAACUAAACUACUACUUCACUCUUCUGCUACAUCAAUCAACAACAACUACUAUCACAAACACUUCUCAGCAUUUGAAAAAGGAAUGGCUCACUCGGUGGGACUAAACCUGCUCUAUUCCACUACAGCCUCAAGACCCAGAUCAUCAUCAUCGUCAUCAUUAGCAUCAAAUGCAAUCACUCUCUUUUCUCCAAUCCCAUCUCUUUCACUCCUCUCUUCCCCACCUUCUCCAAAACUCUCUCUCAGAACCUCACACUUUCCCUCCAUCAAAGCCUUUUCCACUACCAUUGCUGAGCCCGAAGGCAUCAAGAUUAAUUCAAUAGCAACGAAGCCGAUCGAAGGGCAGAAGACUGGAACCAGUGGACUCCGGAAGAAGGUGAAAGUUUUUACGCAAGAAAAUUACCUUGCCAAUUGGAUCCAGGCAUUGUUUAAUUCAUUGCCAGCAGAGGAUUACAAGAAUGGGUUAUUGGUGUUAGGAGGUGAUGGGCGUUAUUUUAAUCGAGAAGCUGCACAGAUAAUUAUCAAAAUAGCUGCAGGGAAUGGUGUUGGGAAAAUUUUGGUUGGCAAGGAAGGUGUUUUGUCAACACCAGCGGUUUCUGCUGUGAUCCGCAAGAGAAAGGCCAAUGGUGGAUUUAUAAUGAGUGCAAGUCAUAAUCCUGGUGGGCCUGAAUAUGAUUGGGGUAUCAAGUUCAAUUACAACAGUGGUCAGCCUGCACCUGAAUCCAUCACUGACAAGAUUUAUGGAAACACUCUCUCUAUCAGUGAAAUAAAGGUGGCAGACAUUCCUGAUGUUGACCUAUCUCGUCUUGGAGUUACUGAGUUCAGGAACUUCAGUGUUGAAGUAGUUGACCCAGUUUCUGACUAUUUGGAGCUACUGGAGAGUGUAUUUGAUUUCGAGCUUAUCAAAAGUCUUUUGUCUCGAUCAGAUUUCAGGUUUAUAUUUGAUGCUAUGCAUGCCGUUACUGGUGCUUAUGCAAAACCCAUCUUUGUGGACAAGCUAGGAGCCAGUCUGGAUUCAAUUUCAAAUGGAGUGCCUUUGGAGGAUUUUGGGCAUGGUCAUCCUGAUCCCAAUCUUACAUACGCCAAGGAUUUGGUCAACACAAUGUAUGGUGAAAAUGGACCUGAUUUUGGUGCUGCAAGUGAUGGAGAUGGUGAUAGAAAUAUGAUUUUGGGUAGAGGUUUUUUUGUUACUCCUUCGGAUUCUGUCGCAAUUAUUGCUGCCAAUGCACAAGAAGCCAUUCCAUAUUUCUGUAGUGGCAUUAAGGGUUUAGCUCGAUCUAUGCCAACAAGUGGUGCUCUUGAUCGCGUGGCUGAAAAAUUGAAGUUUCCCUUCUUUGAGGUCCCCACUGGUUGGAAAUUCUUUGGAAAUCUUAUGGAUGCUGGGAAGUUGUCCAUUUGUGGGGAAGAGAGUUUUGGAACAGGUUCUGAUCACAUUCGUGAGAAGGAUGGCAUAUGGGCUGUCUUAGCAUGGCUUUCAAUUAUUGCAUACCAAAACAAAGACAAGAAACCAGGGGAGAAGUUGGUUUCUGUCUCCGACGUUGUGAAGGAAUAUUGGGCAACAUAUGGAAGGAAUUUCUUUUCUAGAUAUGACUAUGAAGAAUGUGAAUCUGAAGGUGCCAAUAAAAUGAUAGGAUAUCUUAGAGAUUUAGUCUCUAAGAGCAAGGCAGGUGAAAAGUAUGGAAGCUAUAUCCUCCAAUUUGCUGAUGAUUUUACUUAUACAGAUCCUGUCGAUGGGAGCAUGGUGUCAAAGCAAGGUGUUCGGUUUGUUUUCACAGAUGGAUCAAGGAUCAUAUUUCGUUUAUCAGGAACUGGUUCAGCAGGUGCCACUGUUAGAGUUUACAUAGAGCAGUUUGAACCAGAUGUAUCUAAACAUGAUGUAGAUGCCCAAACGGCCCUAAAACCAUUAAUAGAUCUGGCACUAUCUGUAUCAAAGUUGAAGGACUUCACAGGAAGAGAAAAGCCUACUGUCAUCACCUAAAGCAUGAUCCACGAUAAAUCUCAUGAAUAAUGUAUCCAGUGUUAUCUAAGUUAUGCCAGAGGCAAGUUGACCAGUCCAUCUUUUUCCUCUCUUGAGUUGUCAUGCACAUUCCCCCCUUCAGUUUUGGUUGUGCAAUAGGCAACCUGGCUUAGUAGAAAAAUAAGCCAGUCCAUGUAAAUUUUCGAAAUAUAUAUGUGGGGAAUAAUAUACACUUUCUCUGCAAGAAGAGAUAAUGCUUUACCUAUCUUGCUUCAGCACCUAUGCAAACUGAACGUCACAUUCAAAAUAAGGAGAUGACAUGUACCAAAAUAACUAUGGUAAUCCUCUUGCAUUUGAUCAACCUUAUAUUUUCACUGGCGGAUAGUGCUAAUAGGUGACAGGAUUAUUUAUGGUUUAUAUUAAUUAAUGCCAAGCUUAGCCAAACUAAGUGAUUAGAAUAUGCAUCUCUGUAAUAAGCUAUGAGUUUUUUCGCAUUGCCAAUUUUGUAUCACUCUUCAAUUCAAAUUAGUAAAAGCAAUGUAAAAAACUUGGACUCAAUGUCAUCACAUUGUUUGGAAUA